AUGGCCGUCCUGGGGCAGUUUCUCGACUCUGUUAUAUGGUUGUUGGUAUUUGCAUGGCAUUACCCAGCAUCAUCAUUUCAUUCGAAGCCACGAUUGUCAACGGUGGCACUGGAUUACGGAACCUUUCGUGGCGACAUUGACGACUCGAGCGAAAUCAUUUCAUUCCGUGGUAUACGCUUCGCCGACCCACCACUCGGCUCGCUGCGAUGGCAGCCGCCCGUAUCUCCACCUUCAGCUCAUCUUGGUACAGUGGAUGCCACAAAGUUUGGCUCCGCAUGUAUAGCGACAACACAACGAGGACCGGGCGCGACUACGUCAGAGGAUUGUCUGUUUGGCAAUGUCUAUAUCCCCAUCGACGCUGAUCCUGCCAGCGCUCUUCCAGUGCUGGUGUUCUUUCAUGGAGGUGGCUUUGAGAGCGGACGAAGCACGAAAUACCCACCUGAAGACCUGAUGGAAUCAUCCUCCGACCCAUUCAUUCUAGCCACCUUCGAAUACCGGUUGGGUCAAUUCGGCUUUCUCGCUGGAACCGCCAUCAAGACUAACGGAGCACUGAAUGUGGGGCUUCUGGAUCAAAAGGCGGCUUUGAAAUGGAUACAGCGGUAUAUCCACGCUUUUGGAGGGAACCCUGGCGACGUUACGAUUUUCGGUCAGUCCGCAGGUGCAGGAUCUGUUGUUUAUCACGCAAGUGACACUGGCUUCCCUCGACUUGAACUUAUUGUGCAACAGCUAAUUGGCGACGGAGGAACAAAUGACGAGCUCUUCCAACAAGCGAUUGCGGAUAGCCCGCCGUUUUUGUCGCUCUUGGACUACAACGAUCCGUUUGUUGAGGAUUUGUUCUCGCAGUUUGUGAAGAAUGCUGAUUGUGGCAAACGUUCAAAUGAUCCGGCCACGGUGGCUUGUCUGCGUAAUGCAUCCAGCGAAGUGCUUGCGAGUGCGGGCCGGCAAACGCUCCAGAACAUGACCUCCAGCCUGUACCCUUUUGGCCCAGUCUUCGAUGGCGUCUUCAUUCAAGAGCGACCUGUCUCAGCAUUGAUGAAUGAAAACUUUGUCUCUGUACCUGUCAUAUUCGGGUCCAACAGCGACGAAGGCGCGAACUGGUCCGCUAAGCUGAGCAAUCCAAGCGCGAACACUUCGAACCCUAAUGCAUCGCAAAUGACCGUGUACAACUUCCUCGCGGGUCAAUAUACUCAACUUACCUUGGCUUCAUUCAAUGUGGCUGUGGAGGAGUAUUAUCCAAUCAGCGCUUAUGCAGGCAACUUCAGCCGCCAGGGACAACAGAUAUAUGGGGAGAUGCGGUACAUUUGCUCCGCAUUGUUAGUCGUCGGAGCUAUCAACGGUGGUUCCGGCGGAGAUGCAGCAUACGAAUAUCAUUGGGAGAAUCCAAUUCUGGGAUCGACGCAUGGUGACGAACUCGUUGCGUUCUUUAAUCCUCCGGAUCCCGUGGACGACCUUGACGAUCAACUUCUCACUGGAAUGAGGGAAUACUACACAUCCUUCGUCACGAAUGGCGAGCCUGUUUCGGACUCCUUUUCUGUGGAGUGGUUGCCCACCGACAGCAGCGAACUUGAAGGCAGCCCGCGCAUCUUCUUGCAUCCCGGCGCUGUCCAAAUGGAAGCCGUUGAUCGUGAUCUUAGCGCGCGUUGUGCAUUUUGGUACUCAAUUGCUGACGAGCUGAAAAUUUAA